UUAAGUUGGAGCACGAUGGCGACCACCGCAUCGUGUCCUCCUUCCGCUCUCCUCCCCAUUCGCUCCACCACCGCCGGAGCGCGGUUGACUUCCGCGCACGGGAGCAGAGCCAACCACGCCACAGCCACCGCCACCGGCGGCGUCGCACCCGCACGACCGCUAUCAAUGGGCAUGGCGAGGGCCCUGCUGCCGCCGCGCUCGCCGCUCCUCCGGCGGCUUCUCAUGGCGGGCGCGCUGGCCGCCUCCUGCACCUACUUCCUCCUCGUUAUCCAGGCGCAGGCCUCCGCGCCGCGGCGCUACGACGGGUUCGCCUACGGAGUCGGGGCCGCCGCCUGGAAGGACGCCGUCCUCAUCGAGGCCUUCCUCGACCCGCUCUGCCCCGAUAGCCGCGACGCCUGGCACCCGCUCCGGCUCGCCGUCGAGCGCUACUCCCCGCUGGUCUCCCUCAUCGUCCACCCCUUCCCGCUCCCGUACCAUACCUAUUCAUACCAUGCCUGCCGUGCGCUUCAUAUAGCAAACAAGUUGAACUCAUCGUCAACCUAUCCAGUGCUGGAGCUAUUCUUCAAGAACCAGGGAAAAUUCUCCAACCGUGCGACAUCAUCGAUGUCGAGCACAGCUGUGACCGGCGAGAUAUCGAAGAUGGCAGCCCAGGCGGUUGGUAAUUCAGUCUCCGAUUUCCAGUCAGGCUUCAGUGACACGAGGACGGACAUGGCAGCGAGGGUUUCUUUCAAGUAUGGGUGCACGAGAGGGGUGGCUGGCGCGCCGUUCUUCUUCGUGAACGGCUUCCUCCAGCCCGGAGGCGGAUCCCCGAUCGACUACGCCACGUGGACCAGCAUCCUGGACCCCCUGGUCGCGCAUCACAGUCAGACGAUCGAGAUGUUCACUUCUGUGUAAUGUGUAUAUACACCCAGGUUCCAAAAGUUCCCCUUCUUUAAUCAAGUGCUUCACCACCACCAUCGUCACCUCAACGUUUGAGGCUGCAUUGCUCGACGCCAAUAGGGGAGAGACGACAGCAAUGCGUCAACUACUCGUUUUGACGACGGUAAUGGUCAUUCGAUUCGAUAGUCCAUGGACCUCAAUGUAAGGGUGUGUUUGGUUUAGGAAUGCAGUGUAAUGGAAUGUCAUGGUUUCGUUCCACUAGAACGGAUCGGUACCGUUCUUGUGUUUGGUAGUGUAACUCGAAGGAACUGAAUGGUUACAUUCUAGUGUUCGGUUUGAGGCAUAUGGACUGGAAUGGUUUAUUCAUCUCACCAUGAUUUGGACUGAAUUUCAGUCAAACAAAAGCAGAUAAAUAUUGUUGUAGAA